AACUUCGUUAGCGGUUUGACGUUUGCCGUAAACGUCAAUCUUAAGGUCUCUAAUAUCGAGAACGAACCUUCGCUGAAAGGUACCGAUGUUCCCCCGAGCAAGAAAUGGCCGGAAAAAGGUUUGAUGAUGUAGAUAUUGAACUAAAAUGUACGCUUUUUAAGACAUUCCAAAUACAGGAUGGCUCCAUGGAUCCAUGCAGUGUCACUAGAAAAUGAAGCCUAAUAUAAAUUAAACUAACUUUAUUUAUACUGGAUAACUCUAUCAAUUUAAAACUGGUCUCCCUAGAGGUCCAGUAAGGGUUAUCUCUUAAUGAUCCAGUGUUACUACAGGAGGAAACCGUAUUUUUCAUUGGCGUGGCUAGCUAACCCUUGUUGUUAUACAAUUUUCGUUCUUUCUCUCCUGUGUAGGUGAAAUUGUUUUGAAAGAUUUAACCCUCGCUUACGCCCACGAGUUACCUCCAGUGGUCAAAGACGUGACAGUCAACAUUAAGGCUGGUGAAAAGAUUGGUGUCUGCGGUCGCACUGGCAGCGGUAAAUCAACAAUCACUUUAGGCCUGUUUCGAAUGUUGGAGCAUUUCGAAGGUCAGAUUGUGAUAGAUGGUAUAGAUAUAUCCCAGAUGUCUUUGCGACCUCUGCGUUCCCGAUUGGCUAUCAUUCCCCAAGACCCGAUCCUGUUCCAAGGCACUGUGAAGUUUAACCUGGACCCGCGUGGAGUACACGAGGAUGACGCGUUGUGGCACGCACUCGAGGUUGCUCAACUGAAGAAUGCCAUUACCGCUUUGUCCGGAGGAUUGGAGGGUGCCAUUGUUGAAGGUGAAGUUUCAUUUUUCUUACCAUUAACUGUGUUUAUCCAAACCCACCCUGUCAACUUUCCCUGUUGGAGGAAACCGGAGCGCCCGGAGAAAACCUACGACUUUCGGCAGAGCGUUGACUCUUUUCACAUGAGUCCGUAGCGAGAAUCAAACCCACGAUCUCAGAGGUGAAAGGGACUUAAUCCAAAUAAUCCUAAUCCUCGUGUCUGCGUUUCUGUGUUUAGGUGGCGAGAAUCUUAGUGUUGGUCAGCGUCAAUUGUUCUGCUUGGCCCGCGCACUGUUGGUAGAGUCCCGGGUACUAGUGAUGGAUGAGGCGACAGCGAACGUCGACUUAGAAACGGAUAAGUUGAUUCAGGAGGUCGUACGAAGUGCGUUUAAAGAUUUCACCAUCUUGACGAUAGCACAUCGUAUUGACACAAUCCUAGAUUCAGAUCGGAUCAUGGUGUUGGAUCAAGGACGAUUGAUUGAGUGGGAUUCUCCGGAGGCGUUGCUUGCCAAUGAAGAUAGUGUGUUUUCCUCACUGGUGAAAGCGCAUAAGUAAGAUUAUUGUAGACAUGAAACGGCGCUUUAGCCCUUUAAGGUGAUGUUAUACUACUUUGCUUUUCUUGCGCUUUUGCUGCGAGACGUAGGACUAGGAUAUUAAAUAUAGGAUAUUUAUGUUGUAC